AUGGUUUUUGUCCAGGCAAAGACCCUGGCGCCCGGCUACAACCGCGAAAUGAUCCGCGGAGUAAACAUCGGCUCGUGGCUGGUCCUCGAGAAAUGGAUGUGUCCCUCCCUCUUCGACACCUACGCCUCCAGUGCGGUCGACGAAUGGACAUUCACCGAGACGCUCGGCAAGGACGCUGCGUACACCGCUCUUCAGUCUCAUUGGUCUUCGUGGUUCACCAAGGAUGAUGUCGUUUCGUUGAAGGGAAUGGGAAUCAACGCGCUCAGAAUCCCUGUUGGAUACUGGUCUUUCGAUUUGCAGGAUGGUGAGCCGUACGUCUGGGGCGCGCAGGAUUGGCUCGACACCGCUAUCGAGUGGGCCCGCGAGGAGGGUUUGUACGUCUGGGUCGACCUCCACGGUGUCCCCGGUUCCCAGAACGGAUUCGACAACUCUGGCCGCUCCGGCCCUAUGGACUGGCAAACCGUCGACGGCAACAUCGCACGCACCCACUCCGUCCUGAAAACCAUCGCAAAGAAAUACGGUGCCUCCAGCUACGCUGACGUUGUCAUCGGUAUCCAACUCGUGAAUGAGCCUGCGUCGUGGGGUAACAACUCCAACGACAUUACUCGUGAUUUCUACAACGACGGGUACGGUAACGUUUGGGCGGAGAUCGAGAAUGGAAACAUGAUGGUCGUGAUCCACGAUAACUUCCUUCCUCUCUCCGACUGGACCAACUUCCAGGGUCCCCCUGCUGCUGGUAACUUGGGUAUCGAUACGCACAUCUACCAGGUCUUCGCUGAAUCCGACAACACCCUCAACCAAGACGGACACGUCGCGCUCGCUUGUUCGAAGGGAGACCUCCUCGCUGCCGCCAACGCCAUCGUCCCCGUCUUCACCGGUGAAUGGUCCGGUUCAACUAACAUCUGUCUCCUCGCCGACGGCUCCACCAUCGCCGGAACCUCCUGCUCCGAAGACGGCUGUCAAUGCGAAUCCGCUGAUUCCCGUACCUGGUCCGCCGGUUUGAUCGCGCAAUUGAGGAGAUUCAACGAAGCGCAGAUGGAUGUCUGGGAGGAGACUACCUCUGGAUACUUCUUCUGGAACUUCAAGACUGAGCAUGCGCCUGCUUGGGACUUCAUGAAGGGUGCUCAGAAUGGGUGGAUUCCGCAGCCGUUGAGUGAUAGGCAGUUCCCGGGACAGUGUGGAUAC